AUGCGUGAGGGACAGCACGCGCCUAGGUUUAGGCGAAGGGCUUGCGCAAGGCGCUCUUCAGGAAGUAAAGUAAGGUCCUGCGCCAAGGGCCGCAGCGACCGCCUUCAGGGUCCUUUUGCUCGAAGGCCAGUGCAGUCUGUUGUGUCGCCGGAGGGGUCUGGAAAAGUGUUCACCCGUCGGACGUCCAGCAGAUGCAGGCCCACCGUGAGGAGGUUUAAGGAGCGCAGCACUCUCUGGGGAAAAGGUCCCAGAGCAGCGUGCGUGAGAUCUCGUCCAGGGUCUUUUCCAAAACACUAUCGUCCACGUUUUGUGGGUUGGGGGCUGUGCGGCUUGAUUCCCUCUCGUGCCACUCGACCCACUUCUCUCCUCGUGUCUCCAGGUGUCAUCGGGCUCUUGGCCUUGUACCUGGUGUUCGGUUAUGGAGCCUCUCUCCUCUGCAACCUGAUAGGAUUUGGCUACCCAGCCUACGUCUCAAUGAAAGCCAUAGAGAGCCCCAACAAAGAAGAUGACACCCAGUGGCUGACCUACUGGGUCGUGUAUGGUGUGUUCAGCAUUGCCGAAUUCUUCUCUGACCUCUUCCUGUCAUGGUUCCCCUUCUACUACAUGCUGAAGUGCGGCUUCCUGCUGUGGUGCAUGGCCCCGAGCCCUUCGAACGGGGCAGAACUGCUCUACAAGCGCAUCAUCCGUCCUGUCUUCCUGAAGCACCAGUCCCAGGUAGACCAUGUGGUGAGCGACUUGAAGGACAAAGCCAAAGAGACUGCAGAUGCCAUCGCUAAAGAAGCCAAGAAAGCUGCCGUGAAUUUGCUGGGUGAUGAAAAGAAGGGCUCCUAAACCGACGGGAUGACCCCUCCUGCCCUCCCCGUACCUUCCUGUUAGAGCUUGAUGUCGUGUUAGGGACUGUGGUAUAAUCAUUUUAAUGUUGCCUUGGAAACAUUUUUGAUAUAUUAAAAAAUGGAAUGUGUGUAAGUAUUUUCUGCUUACUUUUACGGUCUGUAUACAUAGGGAGCAUUUUAAUUUAAAUGUAAUACAAUGGGCAGUAUCCAAAUUUUUGGAAAAUAUAUUUUGCCUCUGGGUAGGAAAAGAUAUGUGUUACCAUUCUGCAGGAAAUAUAAACUUAAAAAUUAUAUAUCCCGCUGGCUUUGUACUUCAGUGGGCUGUCUCUGCAUGCAUUUUCUCUGUACUCUUUAAGGUUCUUCUUCAUGUAAUGUAAAAUUUUGUAUUAAAUGUUUUUAAUGUAUUUGUGCAUAUGUAAGGAAAUGCACUCAUUAUAACAUGCGUAACGCUCAUGGAGAGCACCCGCCAAAAGCUGAAGGUUCCAUUGUGCUGGUGUGAUCUGCUGAAGGACACUUCAGAGAAUUGAUAUGGAUGAGAAAUAACUCAGAUGAACAGUUAAGUGAUAAAUGAGGUUGAAUGGAGGUUGGCCUGGUGGUUUUCCUAACACUGGAUACUGGAACAGCUUGUGAAGCAGUCACUGUGCUGCUGAAUGGGGAAAUGUAUACACCAGUGAUCUACAGUUCCCAGCUCCCUGUACAAUUAGUGAUACUGUCCUGUGGCCUUUUGAUAAUCUGCUUAUAAGCUUUAGAUCUGUUUUUGAGUUGCUAAGAUGGAUAUCAUCCCAGGUUUCACCUUCAGUGCUAACACGUUGCUUCUUUCCUAGUCAUUUUUUAAACCAAUUUUAAGGACCCUCCAGAGACUUUCCCACCUCUAAUUACAUGUAUGUUCUUGUUUUUAUCAUUAGCUGACAAUACAUGCUAAUGAUGACACCAGGCUCUAAGAGCAGUUCUGGGAGACUGAGAGGAAGUUUGGUAUAACCUAUAAUCUAGUUGGCAGUGGUUAAGUCUAACUGCCUUCACCUUCUUUCUCUGGCCUUGAAGGUCAAACUCACGAGGCCUCCCUAGUUUGCAAGUCAGAGUCUUCUGUAAUCUGUUUAAAUGUCGUCAUCUUUAUGCUUUGUUUUGAUAAACUGCAUAUAACUACAUAGUUUAAAUAUAGAACAAAAAGUUAAAAUCAGUGUCUCCAGUUUGAUCAGCCAAGUAGCUUACAGGGACUGUGACAGCUUGUCGGGACUAGAGAGGCUGAGCUCUACACCAGCCACACUGCUGAGAUCCUUCUGAAUUAGACUAAACUGACUAAAGAGUAUAAUAAAACUACCAAUAUUAAAUAUCCAGCCUGUAAAAUAUGUUUUAAGGCAAAUAAAGAUUAGUUCUCCUUUCAGUAACAAUUAGAUAAGAUCAUAAUGAUGUCUCAUGAUGUUAAAAAAUAUUAAAGGUAUAAAAAAUACAGGAUGAAAAAUCACUCAAAUACUAUAUAUGGGUCAGGGCAUUUAUUUUUUUCUGGGAAAAAUAGUGGUAAUCAUAGGCACCUUAUUAAAGUUACCUUAAAAAACUUUUAGAAAGUAAACAACUAUUAUUUGGAGAAAAUCAAGCCUUAGAUUUUAAAAAAAUUACCUGUAGAAGUAUUUAAAUCUCUUUCCCCAUAAAUAACGUAUUUUUUUUCUUGGUGGCAAAAGAACGAAAAUUAGCAAUCUCUAGCAUAUAGAAUAUGUAAUCACAUUGUUAGUACAUAGAAUGUAUUUUUAGGCAAGAUGGGAGGCAUAAAGUUACUGUUGCUUAUAACUACUUACAAGCUAGUAUCAGUUUAAAAACUACUAUAGUAAGAAAAUACAUUCUGAAUGCAAAUUUUUUGUCUUGAUAACUUUCUCCUACAGUGCUUUCUGGAAGAAAUUUGUUACUGUUUUGGCAGUCGAAGUGUACAUGUUAAAGACAGGAGAAGUUAUGAGUUGAACAAUUCUGUCUUGGCUUCGAUCUUCUAAGUAAUAUAUUGCCAUGCUAGAGUAUUUGAAAAACUAGUUGAGCCUGUGUCUAGCUAGAAGACAAGCAUUUAUUUGUACGUGAAUGGUAUUUUGGGGGAUACAUAAAGUUACAGAAUCCCUACAGCAGUUCUUUCUCUACUUGAAAGGUUUCAAAUCAACAUUUACUGCUACUCCGGAGUUUUCUGCCCACAGCCUGAAGAAAAUGAGCAUAGCCUUUAAAUAAGUUACCGCCUGUCCUGAAGAUGUGAUAUAUUGAAUGGAAAUGGAUGUAAAUAAAAUUCCAUUAUCUCACUGAA